AUGACUUCCCAGACUUGCAGCUUGUUUGUUCUGUCUAUUAUCAUGGUUUAUUUUGGAAGUUUUGGAAAUAGCUUAAUCCUUGCUAAUCUACAAAAUGAUAUAUACGACCUGAAAGCUGACUUUAAUGCAAGUCUUUCAGAUGUAGCUGAUGGUGGACCUAUUUUUACAGAGAAACUGAAAAACUGGACAGAGAGAAAUGAAAAAAGGAUCAUACUGAGCCAGAUUGUUUCCAUGUACCUGGAAAUGCUUGAAAAUGCUGACAAGUCAAAGGCACAUGUUAGACGCAUAUCUGAGGAGCUCUUCACUUUGAAAAGGAGCCUUCCUGAUGGCUUAAAGAAGCUGAAGGACCUCAUGGACUUGACAAAGCUUCAGAUGAGUGAUCUGAAAAUCCAGCGCAAAGCCGUGAAUGAGCUGUUCAGCGUCCUACAAACACUAGUGGAGACCCCAACUUCUUUCAAACGGAAAAGGAGCCAGUCUCAGAGGAGAUGCAAUUGUUAA